AAUCGCUCAGGGGAAGGGCUGGUAUCUCGCUGAUGACUAACCGCAGCUUGCAGGCUCCAACUUCCCAAAGUCGUGAGGUUUUGUUAGAACUAAUUCUGCGGAGAGACCACACCUUGGAAACCCUGCUCAGACCACGAGUGCUGAAAAGCGAUGCACUCACUGUCUACGGAGAUUUACUACCGAAAAUGCCGGGUAUAACCCAGACUGGCGGAGUUGUGCUUAGUAAAGCCUCCCAGUGCGGGUGACUCUCCUGUUCCAUUCUGAAAGGAACUGUAGUGGUUGAGUGAUGUUACAGGGAGAUUGUAGGGGCCGGAGGGGGUUACACAUACUGGCGUAGGGGUUGGAGAGGGUCACAGAGGGAGGGGUCGGAAGAGCGUUAAAUGAUCGGGGCUAUGGAGGAAUUGGACUAUUUAACCGGGGUGAAGUGAGAGGCAGGUGACAGUGUGUGUGGGGGAGGUCGCGGCUGCUGGAGACAUGAGUGGGUUCAGUUCUUAAUGAAGUGUGAGAUCCGCACGCUAAAAGGGGAUAACAUGGGCCGAAUGGAGUUACAGAGACAGGGAAGGCUGAAGGUGAGCGAGACAGCGAGUGGUGCAGAGGCCCGAGGCAGGCUGCGGACACGGGUGGGGUGUAUGGGCUGGAGACGGGAAAGGGUGUAGGGUUACAGUAACAGGGCAGUGUUUUACUGUGGGAACGGGAUAUCGGGUAGGAUGUAGAAGUUGCAGAAUAUGGAGGGGUGGUGGAGGUGAAGUAUUUGCAUAGAGUUUACAUUGAGGAUCUCCGAAACUUCCCGGCGUGCAGCCCCACCCUAGCGGGGAGGGGAAAGGGUGACAUCAUGAUAUGGAUGGGCGGGGCCGGAGCUUGGGAGUGCGUUGAUUGGCUGGUGAUUAACCUGUAUAAACUGCAGUGCCUGGAGUCACCUGGACUGCAAGAUGUUCGGUGUCCUGGAGCAGGCGAGCCCCGCGGCAAGUUCCAAAGUAGAUGUGGACAAGGUGAAGCGGCCCAUGAAUGCCUUCAUGGUCUGGUCCAGGGGUCAGAGGAGGAAAAUGGCACAGCAACACCCAAAAAUGCACAACUCGGAGAUUAGCAAGCGGCUGGGAGCAGAGUGGAAACUGCUGAGCGAUUCAGAGAAGCGGCCAUUCAUCGACGAGGCCAAGAGGCUGCGAGCCGUGCACAUGAAGGACUAUCCGGAUUAUAAAUAUCGGCCCCGACGCAAGGGCAAGGCAUUGUCUCGAAAUGAAACCAAGGUCCCCCUGGGUGGUGGAACACUACAAGCGCAAGGACCCAGCGGCAACCCGCACCUCGAUUCCUAUGGCUGGGGUUCCGCCGGGGGUUUCGCGACGUUUCCACCCGAGACCCUGACCUAUCAACAGCCGCCAGCCGCACUUCAACCCCGCUACGAGCUGCAGUACCCGCCCGCUUCUCAGGCCUAUCUCGGCGGGUCGUUGCCUUACGGUCUUCCGCCUCCCUACGGCCACCAGUCACCCGUCUCCGGGCCCAAGAGCGAGGCCGGAGCUGGCACGCAGGUGCCGGGGGAGCUGCGCGACGCCGUCAACCUGUUCCUCCCCAGCAGCGAAGGACAGGAGGUACGCGGUCACCGCAGUUACCACCCGUUGCCUCAGCUCUACCAGAACUUUCCGCUGAACGGCACAAUGCCCCUCUCGCAUAUCUGACCGGGGACGGCCAGCAAUCGGCUCUAAAAUACUUUCGCAAGGAGUUAUUCUUAUUCACUGUAUCUAUCAGUCUUAGUGAGGACGUUUUUAAAAAUUGUAAUGUAUGGACUGAGUUUUGUCGUCAGGUUACACAAGGGGAGAUGAUUGUGCGUGUUAAUACACGAAUUGUUUUGUUCAUCUUGCCCACAGUCAAGCCCAGGCUCAGUUACCCGGGCAACCUCGAGGGGAGAGACUCGUAUGAAACUUCCAUCCUAGUCGCUGUAUGGCGACAGGUUUAUCAACGCACACACCCAACUUCCAACGAAUUUCUCGUGGUUUUGUAAGUUGCAAGUGGGUAUCUAACGUUGAAAAUUAUUACAAUGACCUCCGCAGUUAUCGUAACCAAGUUUUUAAUAUAAAUUUGUAUGGUUUGCUUUCUGUGUCACAGCUGCCAAACUGCAGACAUUGCUUCACGUGCUGCUUUUAAGCGAUAUAUAGAUCUAUUUUUAAGUUCGCGCGGUGCUUUUUUUAGGCUGUACAGUAUUUAUCGAUGUUUGUGCAAGGUGUUCUUACCGCGUAUACCCGGUCGAUGGUGUGUAGGAAUCGGCCGGAGUUUGCUGAGUGGUCUGCGGCGAGUGAGCGCCGCUUGGCUGCGUGUAAACUCGCCGUGCGCUGGAGCUCGGACCUGUUGAACAAAUAGUUCUAGUUUGUGUUUUUAAAACGAGUUCCCGGAUCGUUUAGUGGACAGGAUGCGGGCUGUAAAGAAGUUUGAAAUUUAUUGCCGGGGAAAAUGGUCAGCGUGUUUACUUUUAAGUGAAUUAUUUUUAGUGAAUGUUAAUCCCAUUUGAGGACGCCCACCCCUCGAAGUUCUCUUGUGUUAACAAAGGUUUUGCUAAUCCUCUACAAAUCAGUCGGAUUCCAAAGAGAUUGCUCGUCAAUUUUGUAUAAAAAAAAUAAAAUCUUAUCCCUUUU